CGCCCUUAUUGCCCCGGUUCCGACUCGCUCACCCGCACCUCACGUGAUAUUCUCCGUAUAUGAGAUAAGCCCUCUUCCUCGAAGACGGCCGGUCCUUAAAAAGUCUCACUUUCAGUUCAUCGAGGGUUUUUCUCUAUCGGAGGAGCUUAUGACAUGAAUCUCAAUGGAUGCAUGGCAACCUCUGGGAGAAUGGCCAUGCAACCGAAGCCUUACAGGGCAACAUGCAACUCUUCUUUCACAUACUUCUAUCGUAGGACUGCGCCCACAGCAUUAUUGAAUGCGAAGAAUUUUUGUGAAACUCAGCUAGAAUUGGCUCGGACAUCAUUAAAAGGAUCAGGACCUUUCACAUGCCACCUCUCGAGCGCAUCUACCUCCCUUUUGAGAGGCGACCAUGGCAGCUUCACAAGCAUGAUCCCAAUUUUAUAUCGGUCGCACACCACUGGUUCUAAAAACCGGUCAACAACAAUAGUCCCAAGAGCAUCAAAAGACGUGCCAUACAGCUUCCGGUACCCUGCAAUGACCAAGAAACCUCGCUGGUGGUGGAGAACCCUCGCCUGCAUUCCCUACCUCAUGCCCCUCCACGAGACAUGGAUGUACGCCGAGACUGCCUACCACCUCCACCCGUUCCUCGAGGACUUCGAAUUCCUAACCUACCCCUUUUUAGGGUUCAUCGGUCAACUUCCGAGCUGGUUCCUAAUGGCCUAUUUCUUCGCCGCAUAUCUCGGUGUUGUUAGGCGAAAGGAGUGGCCCCACUUCUUUCGUUUCCAUGUGGUGAUGGGGAUGCUGCUUGAAAUUGCACUUCAGGUGAUUGGCACUGUUAGUCGGUGGAUGCCGCUCGCGGUUUACUGGGGGAAGCUUGGGGUGCAUUUUUGGACGGCGGUUGCGUUUGCGUAUUUGUUUACGGUGCUGGAGUGUAUGAGGUGUGCGUUAGGGGGGAUGUAUGCGGACAUACCGUUCGUUUGUGAUGCAGCGUAUAUUUCAAUCCGUAUCGAUUAA